UAUUCAUAACCAUUGUCUGCUCCUGGCACGACCCAGGCCUUGCCUCGCUGCCCGGAACGGCCACUCAGGUCCCCGUGUCCGCAGGGACAGCCAGGUGAGGGUGAUGGAGAACACUGUGGCCAAUGCCGAGAAGUACUUCGGGCAGUUAUGCUCGCUGCUGGCUGCCUACACGCGGAAGACCGCCCGGCUGCGGGACGAGGCGGACCAGCUGGUCAAGCAGCUCAUCGACUUCGCCAACUCCGAGAACCCUGAGCUGCGCGCCACCAUGAGGGACUUCGCCGAGGACCUGGCCAAGGUGCAGGAUUACCGGCAGGCCCAGGUUGAGAGGCUGGAGGCCAAGGUGGUCAACCCCCUGAAGCUCUACGGGGCGCGGAUCAAGUGGACGCGGGCUGAGAUCAAGAAAUUCAAACACGUCCGAAAUCAUGAGAUCAAACAACUGAAAAACCUCGAGAAACUGAGGCAGAAGUCACCCUCAGAUCAGCAAAUGAUCAGCCAGGCGGAGACCAAUGUGCAGAGGGCUGCCGUGGACUCCAGCCGCACCGCCCUCCAGCUGGAGGAGAUGGUGGACGCCUUCCAGAGGCAGAAGCUGAGGGACCUGCAGACAUUUUUUUCUGAUUUUGUAACUAUUGAGAUGGUUUUCCAUGCCAAAGCGGUGGAGGUGUAUUCCAGCGCCUUCCAGACCCUGGAGAAGUAUGACCUGGAGAGGGACCUGCAGGAUUUUAGAGCCAAGGUGCAGGGAGUUUCUGGGCGUCAUGACACUUGGCCACUUGCCAGCACCAACACCUCUCCAUCUGCCCCUCGUUCUCUCGCCAGCCAGAGUGCCCAGAGCACCACAGCGAGACCAAGAAAAGAAGAGAAGGAGAGUGAAGACAACUCCAUGGAAGAGGCCCCUGUGGAGGACCUCAGGGCACUGGGGCAGCAACCCCAUAAAUGGGAAACCCAUAAAUAGGAAGAGAACCGCCCACAACAGUUAGAAGAACUGAGUGGGCUUUGGAUCCUCAGGUGGGCUCUGCUGUGUGUCCUCAGGCAAGCCACCUGUCUUCCGAGCCUCAGUUUCCUCAUCUGUACUGCAGGACAAGUAUCACUCACCUCAGAGGCUGCUCUGGGGAACUGCUGUGCCUGGCACAUAGUAGGUGUUGAAUAAAUGCUCAUGACUCUCA